CUCCAAUGCUCUGCAUCCCCCCACACAAGCUACUUCGAUUCUCCAGAAUUUUUGUCAGUUUCCCUGCAUAUUACAACAUCACUUGCAACGCCAAUUCACUUGAUUGCGCUUUAUAUAAUUUUACAAAAAACUCCAACGUAUAUGAAAACGGUAAAAUGGUAUUUGUUGAACUUACAUCUGUGGAUAGUUUUGUUCGACUAUUCUGUGGGUUUUCUGUUUGAGCCAGUUUUGUUGUUACCUUGCUUAGCAGUGCUGCCACAUGGAAUUCUGUCUGUAGUAGGUGUACCAACUAUAUUUCAAGCCUUGAUGGUUAUAUUUUUUCUCGGAAACGUCCAUGUUUCUAUUACUGCAAUUUUUGAAAGUCGUUUCUAUCUAUUUUGCUAUUUCACUGGGAAGAAAUAUUGGUCUUGUUUACGCUGGAUAUGGUUAGCUGCUCAUUAUAUUGUAAUAUUCGUUGUUUUGUGUUACGUUUCAACUUUAGUCCCAGAUCAAGACUAUGCAUUGCGACAACUUUCAAAGAAAAUAUCAUGCUUUCCCGAUAGUUUUUAUAAAAACACAUUUGUGGUGGCUGAUGAUUCAAGUUUCCACGUAUGCGCAUGUUUCAUCUUUUUUGUAGUCAGUUGUUUCGAAGUCUUAACAUUUGUUAUUUUCAUAUUUUGGACCUUCAUGCAACAACAACGAUGUUCUCGAAGAACACUUCACACUCAGAAAAUGCUCUUCUUUGCAUUGAUUGUUCAAAUGGGUGUUCCACUAGCCAUGCUUAUUGUACCACUUACAUAUGCCUUCAUAUCAGUUAUUUCCUUAUACUACAACCAAAAAGUUACUUAUUUCUUUGUGAUCAUCGGAUCUCUGCAUGGUGUUGUCUCUGCGUUGGUGAUGCUUUUCGUUCACAAGCCGUAUCGAGAUGCGUUGAAGAGUAUGGUUACAAUACUACAGCAAAGUAGCCGACAAAGGACAACUGGAUAUAAUGUCACAAGUCCGAAAAUUUUUCAUCUUUAG